AUGCCCUCCAAUCAACUUAACUCCAACUCCAACAAAAUUAUUGUCGGCAAUCCACUCGUAAAGAAAGGCGUGGCUUCUUCUAGCAUUCCUACCGAUCUCAUUACCUUUCAACUGGACCAAACUUGCGUUCUGGUCAAGCCAACACAACACUACCAGGAUGCACUGGAUAUCGCACAGAAGGAGUUUUUCUAUGAACUCUCAAACGUCCCGAGGGAACGCCUCGCAUUUUCCAUAAUUGAAAAUGGCAACGGUGACCGACGAAAGCUCAGAAUAUCCGAGGGUGCAUGGUCUACUCUCGUCUCGAAGCUACCACAGGGUUCGAUUAUACACAUCACCAUUCGUCCGGACCCGGAAGCUAAAGCGCCUCCACCUCAAUAUCUGGAGGUGCCAAAUGGCCCACAAACAACCCUGGGACUUCGUCACUCUCGAUCUGAUUCAGGAAUAUCGUCUCAUCCACAUUCGACGAAGAAUAAUGGGAUGUUUUCCUGGUUAGGAAGUGGGAAAUAA